AUGGAGUACAGGCAAGGAAAGGGGUACUGUUUACGGCUUUGGAGGAUUCGGAAGGACAAAGAAUUCUUUGACGCGAAACAGCUGGCUCUCCGACCCGGAACCGCAAUAGAAUGCUGGGUUGUUUCCCGGAACCUUUUCCAAACGAUCCAGACGCUCCAGGGCCGAGUUAUCCUCGAACACAGCUUGGUGACGGCUGUCCGCACCAACCCAGACCCGCAACCACGGGGCUACAAAAGCAGCAAAGAAAAGGCAGAGUGCUCGAAGAUCCAUCCUGUUGGCGCAGUUCAUGGAUAUCAAAACACCGGAAAGCGACAAUCGCGACUCUUCGCCGCGUGA